UGUUUCUGACCAAUAAACUGAAGGAGACUGAAGCAAACGACUGUGUGUGUGUCUCGUUCUUCCCGUGUGUGUUUGCAUGAAGAGAAUCUGAAGAAGAACGUAUUUCCAGCAAGAAAAGAAUCAUGUGUCUUUUGUGGCUUCUGCUGUUUCUUCUUGUUUCAGCACAGUGUCAGACUCUGUUUGAUAAAUUCUCACUGGAGCUGAAGCCACCAAAUGAGAGAGAAUUAUUUGUCAAUGAUAAAGUUGUCUUGGAAGUUGUUGUUUCUGGAGAUAAAUGUCAGUCAGCGGAAAAGGCUUCAGUAGCAUGCAAAGUAAAGAAUGAAUCUGUAUCAGGAAAUAUACACUUUUCUCAGGACACUUCACCGUUUAUAAGAGUCAAAAAUGUCACUGUUGAUGCAAAUAAAUGGUUUGAUGGUGAACCGGUCACCUGCACCAUUCAUGACCCAAAUAACAACAGAGACUUCCAGUGGGAGAUCCGUUUCGACAAAGGAGAUGGACAGAAACCCAGUGUUUUCAUUUACAAACCCGAUUUUAUUGACACAGACCAGACUAGAGUCUCUCUGGUGUGUGAGGUCACCAGCCCUAAACUUGGCAAUGUCUAUAUCAUGUGGAAAGUUGACAAUGAGCCUUACAGAAAGGGCUUAACCAGCGCUCCCAUCCAUCAACCGAACUCCACAUCUGUACUCAGCAUACUAACAUUGUCAAAACAAGAGUAUGCAAAGUUCAACAUCAUCACCUGCGCAGUCAUACAUGCCAACAUGAAUAACAGAAGAGCUCCAUUACAAGUUUCAGCAUUCCAAAGUAAACAGCCAGAGUUAUCUUGUGAUUAAAGAACUGGACCAAAUGAUCACUGCGUUUAUGUUGUUGACUUCUAUGUUCUCAUCAGAUCAUAUAUCUUCGGUGUUUGUGCACUUUUCUGUCUGUAUCUGUUUCACUGAACUGCAUCGUUCAGACAUCAAUACCAAAUUAAAGUCCGAACUAUGUGCGUAAUAUGUUAUUGCAUGCAAAUAAAUAUGUCCACACAAAACAUAUAAUCAGCAUAAAUAUCAUAGUGUGAAAAUUCAAGUGUUUUCAAGAACAUGUCCUGUGCUUUCUGUACUGCUGUUUACCCAGUCAUGCCAUGUAAUAUAUUCUAACAUUUUCAAUUUUUGUUUACUAAAAUUAUGAUUUCAAAUCCAAAACAGUUGAUUUUGUUGUUUUAGAAUAUUAAAGGGAUAGUUCACCCAAAAAUGAAAAUUAUGUCAUUAAUGACUC